AUGGAUUCCGAGUUACCUAAGAGAUUGUUUGAAGAAGGAGCCGAACCACUAGCUGAGAAGAUAAACAAGUGUGCAAGGAUGUCGAUAUUGAAUGUUCUCGCUACGAGAACCGGCUUCAUUUCUCUGCAAAAUUGGAGACCUCUUAGAUUCUCGAUGCAGGAAUAUCAUGCUGUCACGGGGCUCAAGUGCAUAGACGAUGGUAACUACAACCUCGAUGAGUGGGUCGACGAUGGUGGUUUCUGGAGUAGGCUGUUAAAGAGCCAUGGCCUGAUUAGCAUCGAGACAAUAAGGAAGAAGCACGUCUUUGAGAGAAAAAACCAUUUGUUCAAAUGGACGGACGUGUCAAUGGUUGAGGAGAUGGAAGAGGUUCAAAGUCUGCUUCAGAAGAUGGAAGAAGAGAUUGAUAACCUAGCAAUGGAAACUAGGACUUGUGAGGCUGUCGCAAAUCAUUUUGGAGAUGACGUUAAAGAUAUCAAAACACUUGCAGAAGGAUGUGUGAAAGAGAUUGAAGAGCUUAAAGCAGUUGUCAGUUGUCGUGCAGAAGAGAUACAAGAGCUUAAGUCUGGCCUGAAUUGUUGCAGAAACAUGAUUGUGUGUGGUUUGGGAGUGGUUUUGUUCUUCUUCUUCAUAGCACCUUGA